ACUGGAAAAGACGUGCUCAAGUUGGUGCAUUUCAGAGGGGUGUUUUGCCAAUGAAAGGAAAAAGUUACAAUGAAAAAGAUGAGAGAUGCUGAGAAGCGAGUUUCUUGCGUCUUUCUCUGUCUUUCUCUUUACAAGGAGAAGGAUCCAGCAGCGGCGUAGGAACCUUUUUCGCUUGAUUAGUUCCUAUUUCUCAGCAUGGUAGUCAAGAAUUUAAUGACGAUCAAUAAACGCUUCUAAAGUUGUAGUAGAAAAGUAUUUAAUGGCUAAAUAGUAGCUGACAGUCAUUCUCUCAAGCUCACUUUCAUAGUCGUCUACGGGAUUCCUUCCUGAGCUCUUGCAUGUUUAUUUAUUAACGAUAGCGAGGAAAAUCGACGAAUCCUUAUCUGGGACUCCGGAUGGACCUUGGAUUUUGACAUUUACCAAGCAGAAUUCUUUUAGAAAGGGAAAAGACGAGGGAUUGCACAUCCUAAGAGUUUUACCGUUAAAAAGCAAAUCGCAUUUGCUGAGAUUCGCGGAAUUUGGUACUCUAUAGCCCAAUGAGGACCCAUUGUUUACAUUCGCUUAAGACCAAAUUGCAGGUGAAACCAACUCAACCGGAUUUAAAACUGUAAACAACACUGAGAAAUUGAACAAUCAUGUCUGUUGUGGGAAAAUCAUUGCAAGAAAAGGUGAAUUUAUUGGCGCAGUUUCCUCAAACAGGCCUUUCUCUUAAGCAGAUUGUUUACUUUGGUAUGUUUUUACGAGGUGAUGAAAAGCUGGUUUCCAAUUAUGAUGUUGUUUGCAUCCCCAGGUCACUUUGGGAUCGGAAGAGUCACUGCAUUUUACUAACACAAACGGAGGACUACGUUCCUCCAAAUAGGUAAGGAUCGAACUCCAGGAAGAUUGUUUCGCUCUGGCUUGUUUUUGCGUGAUGAGCUUCCCAUUCGGCUUGCCCAUCGCAUACAGGAUUUACAAAAGCUGCCGCCUUUGCUCCGUAAUAUGAAACGAAUUUUAGCAGUUAAAGCUGCUUAUGCAAGAUCUAUGGAGGAAAUCAUUGAUUUGAAGGGAAUUGAGUUACCAAAAUGUCUUCCCAGUCACAAGCAUUAUCCAAAAGCCCCCAAGUGGAGAGCCAGUUUUUUUCAUAAUUUUGUGCAGCAUAAUCCUUCUCUUCUGGAUACUCACUUGGACUCUUCGAGGGGAAGGUAUUUUAAUAUUGAUUUUUCCAAACCAUGUUCAGGUGAGGAAUACGAGUGGCCUGAGUCAUUGCACAGAUUCAACAUCAACUUCAGUCACUUACUAGAUACCAUUCGGACACGCCAUGACAAUGUUGCUUCUGAGCUCGCGUUAGACAUUCAAGAGUAUCGCCGUCAAACCAAGCAAAUUGAUCAUAGCAUUCAGGUGUUUUUAGAUCGAUUUUACAUGUCUCGAAUUGGAAUCCGAAUGCUUUUAGGCCAAUACAUUGCCCUGGUCACUGAACCUCCAAGAGAAAACCAUGUCGGCAUCAUAAGUACUCGCGCUAACAUACUCCGAAUUAUUGAAGAGGCUACGGAAAGUGCAAAGUUUAUUUGCCGACUCUCUUAUUGUUUGUUUGAAGCACCGCCCGUAGAAAUCAACUGUGAUCCUUCCCUCCAUAUGAUGUACGCUGAAUCUCAUUUGAAUCAUGUCAUUUUCGAACUUUUAAAAAAUAGUUUGCGUGCAACCGUUGAAUUUUACGGUGUUGAUGCAGAUUCAUAUCCUCCAGUCAAGGUAUUGGUUGUUAAAGGCGAAGAGGACAUCACGAUUCGCAUUUCCGAUCAAGGAGGCGGCUUUUCUAGGAAAGAAUCUUCUUUGGUUUGGUCUUACAUGUACACAACCGCUCAUGAAUCACUAAAUGAUGACUACACGGAUACUAUGACUGCUGCUUCAUCCCUUCCACCUAUGGCUGGCUUCGGAUUUGGCCUUCCUCUCGCUCGUCUAUAUACUCGUUAUUUCGGAGGCGAUCUGAAAGUUGUGUCGAUGGAAGGAUAUGGCACCGAUGCCUAUAUUCAGCUUAAUCGACUCUGCGAAAGUGCAGAACCUUUACAGUAGUAUGAGAUUGAUUGUUUAACGACCCUCGCUUUUGCAAACGUCCUUUUAUUUUCUUAUUUUCCUGAAACGACCUAUAAGCUGUCAUGACUAUUUUUGCAUUUUUGGUUUCUUCGUCCGAGCAUAUAUUAUAUACUUUCUCUUUAUUUCAACCUAAGAAUAUAAAAAUGCCUAUCAUUAAAUCUAUUAUUAUAGGAAAAGAAUACCUUUCUGCCGCGUAAAUCCAUGUUUGUCUAGAGAUUUCUUGUAUCCACUAAAUAAAUUCGUUUUUCAUCAGUGAAUGCUCAUAACAAUCGAUUUACUUCGUCAAAAACCAUUCCAGUAAGAGGUUCUGUCACAUAAUGCUUUCUUGGCUGAAGAGAUGCCAAUGGAACCUCUGCUUUUUCAAGAUCCAACACUUGUUUUCUAAGGCCUGUAGACACGUAUUCCAACGUUUGAAAGAAUGACUUUGCACUUUUGUUGAAUUCUUCAAUGGAUUCUUUUGUUUCAAUCGCAUCAAUGCAAUUCCCGGCAUGCGAAAGAAUAUCUGGGAUUUUUGACUCAAUCUCUAAAAUCUGUUCAAUUUUUUGGCUCUCAUCAGCUAUAGACUCCUCGCUAAACUGAUCUUCUUCCAUGCUCGACAUUGUGAAUGCUCUUGGGUUAUUGGGAGGUUAUGUCAAAGUGGUAGACUCUAUUGAUAAAUAAUACUAUGCCAGCUGUAUUAUUUUACAGGAACAGAAUAAAGGAAAAGUGAAAAAAAUUAAAAGAAAAGAAUGGAUACGUAGUUAGAGAAUGCUGUGGACUAUUUAUGGACAAGCAGUCAGACUAGUCUUUAAAAACAGUUUUAGAAUACACAAGAAAACUCAAAUAAGAUAUUUUAUUGAAAGGCG